AGUUUGGCACGCGCAUUUACGCUCGGUUCUGAGACCAAAUCCGCGCUCGCGCACGAAAUCCAUUUACAGUCAAGUAGUAGGGAGGCCCUGAUCGGUACGUUCCCCCGUUAAUCAGUCCGUCCUCUCGGUUCCGACAGGCGUUAAACCGUGCUGGGAGCGGCAGCAGUCCCUCGGUGAAGCAUACGGACAGAGCCGGAGCGGUUUGGAGAGGAAGAAUGGCGGAUUCAAGCAGCACCGCAGCGGUCGGGGCCGCAGGCUCCAACAGCGCUGCUGCUGCCGGGGCGGCGGGCACUGUUGCGCCUGAAGGAGCACCUGGAACCGCGGGGUCCAAGCCCGGGUCCGAGUCGGUCAAAGGCCAGAUUUUUGACGUGGGCCCCCGCUACACGAACCUGUCGUACAUCGGCGAAGGGGCGUACGGAAUGGUCUGCUCCGCUCUGGAUAACUUGACCAACCAGCGCGUGGCCAUCAAGAAAAUCAGCCCGUUCGAGCACCAGACUUACUGCCAGCGCACGCUGCGAGAAAUCAAGAUCCUGCUGCGUUUCCACCAUGAGAAUAUCAUUGGCAUCAAUGACAUUCUCAGGGCACGGCACAUUGACAACAUGAGAGACGUCUACAUUGUGCAGACCCUGAUGGAGACGGACCUGUACAAGCUGCUGAAGAGCCAGAGGCUGAGCAACGACCACGUCUGCUACUUCCUCUACCAGAUCCUGCGAGGCCUCAAGUACAUCCACUCCGCCAACGUGCUGCACCGUGACCUCAAGCCCUCAAACCUGCUCAUCAACACUACGUGUGACCUCAAGAUCUGUGACUUUGGUCUGGCGCGGAUAGCUGACCCUGAGCACGACCACACAGGUUUCUUGACAGAGUAUGUGGCUACUCGUUGGUACAGGGCUCCAGAAAUCAUGCUCAACUCAAAGGGCUACUCCAAGUCCAUUGACAUCUGGUCAGUGGGCUGCAUUCUGGCCGAGAUGUUGUCCAACAAGCCCAUCUUUCCAGGGAAACACUACUUGGACCAGCUCAACCACAUACUGGGCGUUCUUGGCUCUCCAUCUCAAGAAGAUCUGAACUGCAUCAUCAACAUGAAGGCGCGGAACUACCUGCAGUCCUUGCCCGAGAAGCCCAGGAUCCCCUGGGAGAAGCUCUUCUACAAGGCGGACCCCAAAGCUCUGGACCUGCUGGGCCGCAUGUUGACCUUUAACCCCAUCAAGCGUAUCAGCGUUGAGGAAGCCCUCGCUCAUCCUUACCUGGAGCAGUACUACGAUCCCACAGAUGAGCCGGUAGCAGAGGAGCCCUUCACUUUCUCCAUGGAGCUGGACGACCUUCCCAAGGAAAGGCUGAAGGAACUGAUCUUUGAGGAAACGGCUCGUUUCCAGGAAAACUACCAAGGCUCCUGAGGCAAACAGGCCUAAAGAGUGACAUGGCCACGCAGAGGGUUGGAACCAGAAGACUCCAAACUACACGCUAAAACAAAAGAAAAUGCUUCGUCAAGAAACCAACAAAAAGAACAUUUAACUGUUUAUCUUUCCAUUUCUACUGCGAGCGAGAGCUAAGUCUACCUUUGAUUUCUACGGGGUGGGGUGGUAGGGUCUGUCGUAGCGCUUCUCUCUCGUCCGUGUCGGAGAACUCCAUCCUCUCAUUCUGACGCGCCUCUCCUCAUCCCCCCUCCCACCACCACCACCACCCCCCCCUCUCUGCUCCCUUCGCUGAUCUGUCCUCUGUCGCUCCCUCUCAUAUAAACACAUACUACUGUAUUAAUCAACACCUUAACUCUUGUCUUGCUCCAAGUAAAUGUGGGGAAACAUGAGGACUUAAAGAGCGGUCAUGCUACUUGGGUGUGAGUAUGUAUAUACAAAGAUAUAAAAGCGUUUUUGUUUUGAUUUUUUUAUAUGUGCUUGCUGCAGUUUAUGUUCUGAGUGUCUUUGAGUCGGUUCAGAGUCGUGUUUGUACGUUUCGGGGUUUCUAUUUGCAAGUCAUUUUUGAGCGCUUGAUUUUCAGACGAACGUUCAGUGUUUCUCUGGCAUGUUGGCAGGUUUAUAGACUCCUUCUCUUGUCGUGCUUUAUUUCUUUUCCCUUUUUAAAAAAUACUGUACGAUGUUCAUAUGAAUGCAUGCAUUCCUGAAAUGUACCAAAGUGUCACAGAGAUGCGAGGAACCGGCCGGGAGCAAACGAGGACGAUCCGUUCUGAAUCUCUGACCAGCUGAACUCUCGCUUCGUGUGUGUGGGGGUCGAUGACGUUCAGGAGAUGCUGCACGAAGGCGACUGCUCAGGCAGAGCUUCGUGAAAUCUCAUGUUUAUAACUGCAUGUUCCUACAAGUGUUACAUUACUGAUAGCUGUACCCCAUUUUCCAGAACGGUUUACGUCGCUGCAAACAUUCCCUCCAGCACGAAUGAAAGACACAAGGAAACAUUGUGUAGCAGGAGACACAGAAGUACCAUCACAACAGAGCUGCCUGGCUCAUGAGCUACUGUCCAUUACCAUCACAUUUGACCUAUUCUGGAAAGUAGGGUCUGCUUGACAUCAGCCUUUUCCACUGCACAGAGCUGCUUUACUGUCUGCUUGUCUGCUCCGGUUCAGCUUCAUGACCACGCAGAGCCAAGUGUAAAGUAAGGCCCUAAUCUGAAUCACUCAGCAAGUCCCUAGACCAAAGCUAAUGUCCAGCAAGUAUUUAGUCGUCUUUGGCCAGUAAACCUCUUCACAGCAGUUUGGACCUGUCGCACCAGGAACAACACGCAGGAGUUGGUUUGUGAACGCUGAACGUUCCGUCAGGUCCCAGUGUGUGUUGGUCUGUGUUUGCUGCCUCUGCCCACGGGCCACGAUCCGCCUCCUUCUCUGUGCCAGCAGCGGGUUCUCCUCCAGGUUCUGCUCAGAACCCCCGCUGCUACAUGAAUGACAUCCUGUGUUGUUCCGCCAACACUGAUCCCAUGUGCACAUUCACGAAGUGCUCGAACCAAAUUAAAACGCGGCGUGAAAAGGAGACGGAUCGUGAAGCGUUCUGCAGUCGAACAAAAAGACGGAUCACAGGAACGCGCCGACCCCCUGGCUUCAUGAUUGUACGGUUUGCCCCUGUGUUUCCUUUGACGCUCUGGCUCCCUGUGAUCCUGGAUAUGUGCUAACAAGCUCUCGUUCUGUGUUCCUUUGGGUGUUUGUGACCCGUUGUGUGCGCUCCUGUCUGUCCUCAACGCUGCGGUGGAGCAGCUCAGUCUGCACUAAUUUCUGCCUGUUGCACUGGGACCAGUAUGACCCCCACCCCCCCCUCCCACACAUGGACCAACUCCCUCUCAGGGCAGACCUGUGAUGCUGGUAGACCCAGACCUGGAGAGCUCACUGGUCUCAUCCUCACGCAGCAAAACCAUAGUUUUGUUUCCUGUGCACCGGCCUCGAGCCGCGUCAUGGGCUGUUUUUUCUCAGAAGCCAUAUCCAGCGUGAUGGGUUGAGGCUUUUUCUGGUGCAUGUGGUGACACCCAUCCCUUUGUUCAACUCUCCACGCUUUACUCAAAGGGCUGCCUUCCUCAUGCUCAUCUGCUUGUGUUCGUAUGUACCCAGUCUCCACAGUCUGCUCCUCCAGACGUACUCGCAUCCCUGCCCCCCCCUCCUCCUCCAUCUCUCCUGUCUCUCCUCGACCACUCGUCUGAGAGCAGGAAGCUCCCUCUAAUCUCGAUUCAAUCAGCACGCCUGCACUUUGUCUUACCAGCCACGCUCCGUCCCCCCUUUGCGCCAGUUUUGGUUGGUUUCUCCCUGCUCGUACAAAGCUUUAAGUUCCUCCUUAUCGUCCUUGUGGCGUGUUUGUGCGUCUGUCCAUCAGUAACGAAAAGCCAAGGUUUGUUUUUUUGUCGUGUUUGUGGCUGUGCGUCGUUUCCUGGAAGCUCGGCCCCUCUCCCAGCAGAUACCUGUGCUUUUUGCAUCUGUGCUGUCGAGCGACACCGAACCUGUGCACCCGCCUGUCACUCCGUUCUCCUCCGACCUGCCAGACCGAGCAUCUCACUGGGAACCAACCAAGGAGUGUUUGUGCGUUUGUGAAGGGUCGCACUCACACGCCACCUACAGUCACACAGUAUCAAUGAGUCUGAGACCCGUCUGUCAGGAGGCCUGUUUCCAGAUGUUGUUGUUUUAAAUGGCUGUUCUUAUUGCUAUUGUUGUUAUAUUGGUGAGGUUUUUUUUAUUUUACAUAAAAGGGAGUAAACAUUGUAUCAUUUUUUUAAUUACUAGGAUGUUUCAUUUUAAUUUGUUUUGUUCCUCAUUUCUCUUAUAGCCGUGAUUAUUAUUGGCAGUCUGUUCAAUCUUUUUUUUGUUUGGAGACUUAAAUUUUUUUUCUUCAUUUCCCUCCAAGCUCUUAUGAGGAAUUAUUUUAAAAGAUGAUAUAAGUAGAUUGUCAAAAGAGAUGAGUUAUUGAGGGUUAUAGUCUGUAUAUUAUAUGGGUAUUAUGAAUUAAACAAUUAACAAAGAAACAGAAUUAUAUACAUAUGAUUAAAUAAAAUUUCCUGAUACUGUUACAA